AACAAAGACAAUAUAUGAAGUCGCAAACAAAUUGGACAAACUGCAAAGGAAUGUCAUCUCAGAAACUAGCAAUUCAUUCAUUACUUCAGUUACGACAAUUUUCAGUCUUCACUUCGACCACUCGUAAUUCUUCACUCCUCUAAUUUGUGGUUAAUCCAUCUUUUUUCUCAAGCUCUUAUCGAUGGCUGUAUAUGUCGAUUCACACAAAUCGAUCAACGUUUUCACACAAGUAUUAAUUAAAAUUGAUACAAAAAUUCAUCUUUCUCUUAUGAUAGUAGUAAUAUCCCCUCUUUUAUUUUUCGAAAGAAUUUCACCUUUAUACAAAGUCGCUUUAGAAACCAAUUUCUUAAUAAACAUUAAAUCCAAGUUCGAUUUAUAAAGAAAGGAAAAUCAAUUAGAUAAAUAAACAAUUAUUUUAAUGUUUUCAGAAAAGAGCAAUGGCACCAAAGCAAGAAGAAGACGUCAGCAAGUUCUGUUACCAUUUCUUGUUACCUUUUAAUAAGUUUUGGCUACUUCAUCGUUUUAAUCAUUUUGCUCGACAAUUUCUCUUGUUCCUAGUUUUAUCUGCGUAUGUUGUGAUUCUUGUCUGUCUCACUCUUCACUCCCUGCGCCGUAAGCUUCCAAAAACUCAAAUAAAAUGGCAGAGGAUGAAGCAGAGUCAACACUUGAGCUGCCGGAGUGCCCAGUUUGUCUGCAACAAUACGGCGACGUUUCAACCGUCCCUCGUGUAAUCGCCUGCGGCCACUCCGCCUGCGAAGACUGCUUGACUCAGCUACAAAACCCCUUUCCUUGUACAAUCCGCUGCCCAUCUUGUACUCAGCUUGUGAAACUGCCCAACCCCAUUUCCUGUCUCCCCAAAAACAUUGAUCUCUUGCGCUUCUCCACCCCCAACACUUCAAAGACUCCCAAUAACCAUGUUUCAACCGAAAAAUAUGAUAAAGAUCCUAUUUUUAUCAAACCCCAUUUAUGGUCUCAUGAGUUUUACUCAACUUGGAGAACAUGGGUUUUACCAGAGGAUAGUAUAAUCAUUGAAUCAAAUGGUUCUGAUGAUGAUAAUAACGGGUUUUGUUUUGUUUGUUAUGGGAAGGUUUUGAAGGUUUUGAAAAAUAUUUCUUGUAUGGGGUGUGUUUUGAAAGAGAAUGAAAAGGUUAGUCUUCUUGAAAUUGGAUAUUUUGAUGACUUAAAUAAGGGUUCUUGUAAGAAGUUUGAAUAUAGUUAUGAAGUGAAAGUUAUGAGUGUAUUAUAUGGAUUGAGUGAAGGGGAGAGGAAUGAGUUAGAGUCAAUUAUCAAAUCAAGUUUAGGUCUUCAUGUAAUGUGUAAGGUUUACGGAUUUUGGUAUAAUAUGGAUAAUCAUUGCGUGUACAUGGUUUCCGAGACAUUUAGUGGGAGUUUGCUAAGGAAGGUGAGUGUGUUAAAGAAUGCAAUUCUUGAGAAGAAUGGUGACGAUAAGGUCAGUAAUGCUGGGUUAGUAAUAGUUGGUUCGGAUGUUUGUCAAGCGGUGAACAAUUUGCAUUUGGGAGGAUUGCUUCCGGGUUAUUUAGGUCUUUCUUGUUUUGGUUUUGACGAGUUUGGUCAUGUUUAUGUUGAUAUUAGUGAGGUAUUGGCAACGGGAAGGAGAGUUCACAAGACGCUUAUAGAGAUUAUUGUUGGCACUGUUAGCGAAGAUUUGAUGGUAAAAUUGAUAAAUAAAAUAGUGGAAGAUUGUGUUUUUGUUAGUCCAGAGCUAUUGUUUGAGUUACUGAAACUGGAUGAUACUGUGAUAAAUUUAGGCAGCUCAAAGCAUCAUGUUGGAUACGGUUCUGAUAUUUGGUCAUUAGCUUGUGUAAUUAUUUCAUUUCUGGUUGAUAAACCAUUCGCUGAAGAGAUGCAGAAUUAUUUGAGUUAUCUGGUUACUGCAGUCAGAGAUGAAAAAGGUGUUGAUUAUGUUAGAUGGUACAUGGAAUGGAGGCAAAAGAUUAUGAUUCUAAUUGAAUGUAGAAUGGGGUCAGAAUUUAUUAAUGUGAAGGAGAUUCUGUUUACAUGCUUGGAUUAUAAUCCAGCAAAUAGGCCAGUUGCAUCUGAACUGUGGAAAACAUUAAGGGUUCUUGUGAUCAAAUCUGAGCUUGACGAGGUAAUAGACUUAAAGCAGGAAAUGGAAAAGGAAAACAUGUGUAAUUGCCUAAUUCUUGGAGACCUUUGUCAGUCAGCCGACAAGAUUAGAAACCAAUCAUCGAGGUGCACCAGUGAUACUUGCGUUGUGGAAAAUGCAAACCAAGAGGAGGCUGAUGGUGUUGAAAAAUUAGGGGCUGAUAAAGAUGUCGUUGAGGGCCUCUCCGGGGGUCAAGUGAAAUGUAUUGAUCUUAAAGGACAUCUUAAUUGUAUCACAGGGUUAGUAAUUGGAGGUGGUUUUCUGUUCAGCUCAUCAUUUGACAAAAUGGUCAAUGUGUGGUCUUUGCAGGACUAUUCUCAUGUACAUUCAUUCAAAGGUCAUGAGCAAAGAGUUAUGGCUGUAGCUUUUGUUGAUUAUGAAGAACCACUAUGCAUUAGUGGUGAUAAUGGUGGGGCAAUUUGCAUUUGGCGAGCUAGCACUCCAUUAACUGCAGAACCAUUAAAGAAACUACAGGAGCAACAGGAUUGGCGCUAUAGUGGUAUUCAUGCCCUUGCUGUCUCUGGAAGCCAAUAUCUAUAUACUGGCAGUGGUGACAAGUCAAUAAAAGCAUGGUCAUUGCAGGAUUACAGUCUAUCAUGCACUAUGAAUGGCCAUAAAUCAGUUGUAUCUUCAUUAGCAAUAUGUGAUGAGGUUCUUUACAGUGGUAGUUGGGACGGAACUGUACGGUUAUGGUGCCUUAGCGAUCAUUGUCCGUUGGCAGUAUUGGGGGAAGAAGCACCAGGAAAUGUUUGCUCGGUUUUUUGUCUUGCUGUUGAUGAGAAUGUACUCGUUGCAGCUCAUGAGAAUGGUUUGACGAAGAUUUGGUUUGACGAUAUUCUGGUGAAAUCUGCACAAGAACACGAUGGCGCCAUAUUCUCUGCCUGCAAGAAGGGAAAAUGGUUGUUUACAGGCGGCUGGGACAAGAUGAUAAAAGUAAAGGAACUAUACAGAGAUGGUGAUCUAUCGUCUGCUAUUCCACUUGGAUCUAUUACAUGUGAUUCUGUAGUAACGGCUCUAUUCUACUGGCAAGGAAAGCUUUUUGGGGGACAAGCUGAUGGAGUUAUCAAGGUAUACUAUUCUGCAGUUAGAUGAAUUCUUGAAGGCACUUUUUUUUGACAGUUUUAUCAAUUAUUUCUUUCGAGGAGCAACUGAUUGUACCAAGUAGCCACUGUCAUUUUUCUUUUGGACAAGUGAGGGAGCCUAGGGGAAGGAAAACUUCGCCCCUCAACGAAGAGUUUGGGGGGUUCGAGUCAUAAAAGAAGGAAACGGACCAAUAUUGCCUCCUGGGCAGUUUACCAUAUCAAGAAAAAGACUGUCAUUUCUUUAGGACAAGUGAGAGGGAGCUUAGUGGAAGGAAAACUUCGCCCCUCAACGAAGAGUUUGGGGGUUCGAGUCAUAAUAAAAGAAGGAAAUGUACCAAUGUUGAUUCCUGGGCAGUUUACCAUAUCAAGAAAAAGACUGUCAUUUCUUUUGUAAAUAAAUGUAUAUUAUGACAAUCUGCCCGCUUGAUGAUUUCGUAAUGAUUGAUGGCCUGAUGCAGCAACUAGCACUCUUGACUGAAGAAAGAUGUAUAUGAAGGACAAAUUAGAUAGGAGUGUACACUACAGCUUAUCUAAUUAAUGUAUAGUUUUCAACUGAUAUAUAUAUGUAUAAACAAAUCACAAAAUUCACUG